AUGGACAACAACACAUCUGCCCUCAAAACUGGGGACCUCUGGCCAGGAAGGAAACCAGCCCACUCUGCAGACAGUAUCGAGGUCUGGCGUGCUGCCCUUCAGGAGGCUUGCCUGGAGCUCCCAGAGCUGAGGCGUGCCGCCCCGUCUCUCCGCCAGCACCCCCACCUGCCGGGGCUCUCCACGGCUACGGCCAACCUCACCUCCGCCCCGGGCUUCCUGCUCCUGGGCCUGAUGGACGGAACAGACGCGCACCCGCUGUUGUUCCUGCUCUUCCUCAGCAUCUACCUGCUCAAUGCCCUGGGCAACCUGAGCAUGGUGGUGGUGGUGAGGUCCGAUGAGGCCCUUCGCUCCCCCAUGUAUUACUUCUUGGGUCACCUGAGCCUUGUGGACGUUUGCUUUGUCACCGUCACGGUCCCCAGACUGCUAGCCAGCCUGCUCCAACCCGGCCAGGCCGUGUCCUUCCAGGCCUGCUUUACCCAGAUGUACUUCUUCGUGGCUCUGGGCAUCACCGAGAGCUACCUGCUGGCAGCCAUGUCGUAUGACCGCGCGGUGGCCGUGUGCUGGCCCCUGCACUACGCGGCGGUCGUGUCGCCCCGGCGCUGCGGGACGCUGGUGCGGGCGUCCUGGGCCGUGGGCCACCUGCACUCGCUGCUGCACACGCUGCUCAUCUCCGCCCUCUCCUACCCCCGAGGCGCCCCUGUGCGCCACUUCUUCUGUGACAUGACGGUGAUGCUGAGCUUGGCGACUUCGGACACGUCCUCCGCGGAGACGACCAUCUUCUCCGAGGGCCUGGCCGUGGUGCUGGCCCCGCUGCUCCUCGUGUCGCUCUCCUACGCGCGCAUCCUCCUGGCCGUGCUCGGGCUGCGCUCGGCGGGGGGCCGGCGACGCGCCUUCUCCACCUGCGGCGCCCACCUGCUGGCGGUGUCGCUGUUCUUUGGCUCCGUCGUCUCCGUCUAUUUCCGGCCGUCGUCUGCCUACUCGGCCCGCUACGACCGCCUGGCCAGCGUGGUCUACGCCGUGGUCACACCGACCUUGAACCCCUUCAUCUACAGCCUUCGCAACAAAGAGGUCAAGGGCGCCCUGAAAAGGGGGCUCCGGUGCAGAGCUGCGCCCCGAGAGGGGUGA